AGAAAAUUGCCAAAUCAAGUGACGUGUGACGUGUGCGUACUUUUUCAAUUCGACGAUGAUUUAUUUGAUAGAUUGAUACCUGCCUACCAAUUUUUAAUUAGAUAUACUUCAUAGAAGUGUAAAUAGAAACAUCUAUUAUGGUAGUUUUAGAAGGAAACGGUGGCGACGGCCAACCCAUUUCAGCGGACGAAGAGCCAAAGCUGGAGACCAAGUUGUCGAGUCCUCUAGCAUUAGAAAUAUUCCGUGUUACCAAGGAUGCUCAACAGCAACACGGCCUCCGCCAUGGCGACUACCAGAGGUACCGCGGGUACUGCUCGCGCCGUCUCAGACGCUUGCGGAAAGUGCUCAAAAUACCCCAGGGAGACAGACGUCAUUACCGUCGUCGUGACGUUACAGCCACCCACCUGACCGGCAGCAACUCGGAGAGUCGUUUGCUGUGUGUGCCGUUGCUGCAAGCGGAGCGUGCGUGGGCCCACGCUAUGCAGCUGAGACAGGAAGCUAACACUGAGCCUAGGAAGAGGUUCCAUCUGGUAUCGCGGUUAAGAAAAGCGUGUACCCAUGCUCAAAUGCUUCUGCAACUUUGUGAGCAAAGCGGCGCGUGCGACGCUCGCACGCAGUUAGAAGCGGGCGCGUACGCAGCGUGGCUCGGCGGCGCGCUAUUACUGGAGUUGCAACAGUGGCGCCCCGCUGCCGAAAGCCUCACGCGCGCGCAACUCGUACUGGAGAAACUGAGUGCCGCUCUACCAGAGGAGGAGCGACUUUUGUACAAGCAGAAGGUGGAAGAAUUGAAACCGAGUCUUCGCUACUGCGCCUACAACAUCGGCGAUGAAUCUGCGGCGGGAGAUCUGGUUGCUAUGCGAGGCCAAGGGCUCAUAGAGAAUUUGGACACGCUUAUGGCUCAAGCUAAGGAGUCUCGUUCCGGGGUGAUGCACGAAGUAGAAUGGCGUGGCCGCCGCGUUACAGUACGCCCGGAAAAAGUGCGACUAUUCCUGAUCGCUCUGCAGGAUUUGGACAAGUCAGUAGCCAGCGCACAGUCCGUCCAAGCGAAGAUCGACGUUCUGGAAAACGUUCUCAUGGAUUGCAAAGACGCCAUAACCGCCAUCAAGGACGAAAUAAAAAACGACCCCAAACUUAAAACGGCUACAGAGAAUCAGCAGCUAUCCAGCAUUAAUUACUUGCUAUCUUAUCUGAUGUAUCUCCGUCUCGUUCGCACCAUCGAGAGGAACAAUUUACUGGUACAGCAAGCCGAAGAGGCGCGGAAAUACAACGUCCAGAUCGACGGCAAGAAGGUCCGCCCGCAGGACUUGACGAGACUUUACGAGAUCAUUUUGCAGAACUACGUCGAACUGCAACAGUUGCCGGGCUUCGAAAACGAUGCUGGCUAUCAGAAGGAGAUAGAGAACGAGUUGAAAGCCUACAGGGCAUUCCGGUGCUAUUAUAUCGCGCAAGUGCUGACGGGUCUGAGACGGUUCAGAGAAGCAUUAGCUAUGCUUGAGCGUUGCAGCAUAUAUACAACUGAAUCUUUAGCUAGUAAAUUGCUUGACAAUCAAUUGCUGGAGAAAUUGCGCGUCUUGCAAAAGGACAUAGAGAGCUGCAAGUUUGAGGUUCACGCCGACUCCGUUCUAGAAGAUGACGAUGAGGACGAGGAGUCGAAGUUCACGAGCGGGAAGUCUUACAAGGACAAGAAGCCACUUGUGGAUCGGUUGGACGAUUACCGAGAAGAGUCCCAAGUCCUCACUAAGAACCCGAACAUAUUCAAAAUGCCGCCACCGAUGGAAGCUGUGCCCUGCAAGCCUUUGUUCUUCGAUUUGGCGUGCAACUUCAUUGAAUUUCCCAACUUGGACGACAAGACGGGCGUCGCGAACAAUAAGAAGCAAGGAGCUGGCAUUACUGGUCUUGUAAAAGGUUUCCUUGGUUGGGGUAAAAGUGACAAGUAAUACAAAACACGCCCUUUGUACUGUACAAGUAGCCAGAAAUACAUAAAAUCAAAUGGG